AAGCGUCUUGGCUUGCCUAUAGGCCCGCCCAAGAAUACGCUAAGAACAACCGUAGCCUUUUGGCUCAAGCAUCAAGCCCGGCCUAGGACAAGCCCAGAAGGGCAAACGCAGAGCAGAGCACCAUGCGCGACGAUGACUUAUUCUUCAUGUUUCUGUGGUUUGUGUUUGUAGGGUUCGUGACCUGGCUGCUUGGUUUGGCGAUUAAAAGGGAGCCGGAGUCGCGAGUAUACAAGUCCUUGUGCCGAGCCGCGGGUUGCUUUGCUGAGACACCGUGGAACUCCAACUAUUGCCCUCAUCACCAGUGCUCGUUGUGCUACGAGGGAGCGGUGGUCGGUGGCUAUUGCAGGGCAUGUGCCCCAUUGAGGUGCAGAUCGCAGGGGUGCACUGCACGGCGGCCCUUGAACUCGGAUUUUCGUGAGCAUCAUCAGUGUGCAAGAUGCUACGACAGAGCCGCCUUCGGCAGGUUUUGCAGAGAGCAUGUGUGUCAGAGAUCCGGUUGCCUUGGUGAGAAGCCUCGGAAUUCCAACUACUGCCCUGGUCAUCAGUGCGUGUCAUGCUACGAGGAAGCGGUGGUCGGCAGGUAUUGCAGGGCAUGUGCCCCAUUGAGGUGCAAGUCGCAAGGGUGCACUGCGCCACGGCCCAUGAACUCGGACUAUUGCAAGCAACACCAGUGCGCAAGAUGUUACAAGAAGGCUGUCAAUGGCGAGUAUUGCCAAGAGCAUCUACAGGGUGUGUUGGUCAUGGAUGAAGUCGGAAGUUGUGGGGACCGGCAUCGGCUCCCAACUUGUGCCCUACAGGCAGCAACGGUGAGCUUUUCCAGACGGACAUUCCUUGACUCGAUCUCCCGAGUCAAGGUUGAUGAGCAGGUAAUCUUUGAAUUUCAGAAGUAUGGCUUUCUGCAAACGAGGCAAUGGGUCCCUAAGCACCCCUUCCAUAAGAUCUUCCCUUGUGGCUCGCAGGUCAACAGGUAUGAGUCGACCGUACGCGUACACAGUUGGCACGAUCUUUGCGUACGAGGUGAAUCAGCUCAUGCGUUCGGGCGAAUGGGAUCUACUCUUCGAGAAGUAUGGCCGGCUGGUUGCGUGCCUAUGGUCGUACAUUCAGAAAAUGCAAGCUGCUUGCGGGAAGCGGCAGGUCUUGUAACGAGGUCUUCUGGCGCAGGAACAAGACAUUCGGAGAGAGAACAGAUUGGGCAGCCGCGUGUCAUGGGCGGCCUUCUCCAGCACGUCGCUUGACAAGAAGCAAUCGCUCGAUUUCGCACAUGGGAAAUACAAUGCCACUCAAGCUUGCGGCGUCCCCGUCCGUUUCAUCAUCAACACGUCUGACCGGGGUGCGCCGAUCCUCGAUUGGUCCAAGUAUCCGCAAGAGGACGAGGUGUUGCUUGAGCCCUUCCAGUGCUUUACAGUUUUGGAUGUAGAGUGGCGGAGGUAUUCGGGGCGUGCGCGUGAUACCUUGACGGUCAAGCUCUGCACGGUUUAAGAGUCAGGGCCGUCCGCGCUUGAACUAGUGUCUCGUCUCUCCCAUGUUAUAGUUAGCGCUUGGCAUAUAUAUAUAUAAUAAAACGCUAAGAACAAGUAGUGGUCUGCAUGACAUGGUCUUAGAACAUUUCUGACCGAGGCCAUCCUAUUUUAACACGUCGUGUUUUCGUUCUAAGAGAAUUUCUUGUGUUCUUAGAACGUAUUCGCGGUGCUGGGAACAUUUCGUGGCAGCCUAGCGAUAGGAAUGCUGGGACGGUCGGUCCCUGCUCUUGAGGGGCAAAUGCCAGGGAUGGGGGCCCAGUCGCGCUUGGGCUU